UUGGGAAACGAUGAAUGGUCGUUCAUCAAGGUGCUGCCUUACUUCCGGCAAAUCGAGAACGACCUGGACAUCCGGGACGACUUCCACGGGUCCACCGGCCCCAUCGAGAUACGGCGGCACAACCGGGAAGACGAGCAACCGGUCCAAGGGGCCUUCUAUGAUGCCUGCGUGGCGGCGGGGUUCCCGGAAGACCCGGACGUGAACCACCCGGAAGCCACGGGCGUAGGGUUGAUGCCCAAGAACACCAGCGACGGCGUCCGCAUGAGCAUGACGCUGACCCACCUCAAUCCCAACCGGGCGACCGGCGUCGAGGUCGAAAGCGGCGGGGAUCGGUUUGUGGUUGAGGGAGAGGAGAUAGCGCUGUGCGGGGGCGCCGUGGCGUCACCUCACCUGCUCAUGCUAUCGGGAAUAGGCCCAGCGGACCAUCUCAGGGAGCUUGGCAUACCGGUGGUGCACGACCUGCCGGGGGUGGGCCGGAACCUGAGGGACCACCCGGGAGUGAGAGUGUCGCUGCGGGUGAAAGACGACGUGGUCCUGGACCCCAACGGUCCGUGGACCAACCUGACCCUUCGUUACACGGCUUCCGGGUCACCGACGCGAAAUGACAUAAUGAUCAGCCAAGCCUAUCCUUCCGGCCCGCCCUACGGGGAUGUUUCGGCAGACGACGACCUUCGGAUCACCUGUUUCCUGGAGCUUCCCAAGGGGUCGGGAGAGUUGCGGCUGGCCUCGGCAGACCCCCACGUUUACCCAACCCUGGAAUACGGGUACAUGGAAGACGCUUGGGACCGGCAGAGGAUGCGGGAAGGGGUACGCCUUUGCGUGAAGCUGCUGGAGCACCCGGCAUACCAGCCCUACAUCAAGGAGCGCAUCAACCUGUCGAAUGAGGACCUUGUCAGCGACGAAUCGCUGGACGCUUGGAUUGUGGGUAAUCUGACCACGGCCAUCCACAUGUCAGGCACCUGCAAGAUGGGACCGGCGUCGGACCCGGUGGCGGUGGUGGACCAGUACUGCCGGGUGCACGGGCUGGAAGGGCUACGGGUGGUGGAUACGUCCGUCAUGCCCGACGUGGUGCGGGCCAACACCAACGCCACGGCUAUAAUGAUCGGCGAGCGUGUCUCCGACUGGUUCAAGUAG